ACAUGCUGGAGGCCCUCUAUGUCAGAAAUACAGCAUGGAGUAUGCAUUCAUGCGACUACUGUACCAGAAAUAAUUGAGAAGGUGUCUGCUAAGAAGCUUACAUUAACAACCUAUCAUUUUGGUUUGCUUUCUCUCCCUGUUUUGCUUGGGCCUGUUGAAAACAUACGGCAAUGCUUCAUUGUGCUAGAUGAGCAGCGGUGGGAAGUUGACAGUGUUUUUGAAGCAGUUUUUGGAGUGUUCCGCAUGUCCUUUGGACUUCAUUCAAACUUCCCACCUGAGGCUCGUCAUGCUUGGCUGUUUGUUCAACAAACAUUGUUUAAUAUUCAAACUGCUAAUGACUAUCAGAAGUACCCAAGAUUGAAAGCUACAAUUGCUGCUCGUCUUAAGGAAUUUUCUCUACUCUCAUCAUGAAGUGCCCACACUGCGAUGUGCUUGUAGUGUCUGUGGAUGCAUAUUUAGCACACAAGAAAAUAUCUCAUCCAACUAAGGACUUCGUGUGUUUACGGUCUUGUGGUAGGCACUAUCCUCAGCCUCAAUCUUUUAAACAACAUUUUUCAAAGACUUGUCCAAAAUUGGUGUUCAAUGUGGAAACUCCUACUUCAGAGACUCCUAGUUCUAAUGAGACUCCUAGUUCUAAUGAGACUCCUAGUUCUAAUGAGACUCCUAGUUCUAAUGAGACUUCUAGUACUGCUAUUUGUGAGAAUGAUUCUUCUGGGCAUAGCUCUGUUAACUUUACUGAAAAAUUGCAAUCUGAAGCAGACACAGUUGUCAGUAGAUUGUAUUCCAAAUCCAAACUGCCUCGCCAGUAUGUACAAGAAAUAAUUGAAGAAGUCAGUGCAUUUUUACAAAACACACUUGUUAAUUAUAAGAAUGCCAUUGCAGACAAAUUUGAUGAUAACAAUGAAGUUUUAAAUGCACUAUCUUCUGAAAUAUGUCAAUUUAAAGAUCCAUUCUCUCACUUGUCUACAGAAUACCGUCGACUGAAAUAUUUUAAAAACCUUGGAGACUUCAUUCCUCCUGUUUCAUAUCAGAUUGGGAAAUUGGAUUAUACUGUUAGUAGUGACAAUGGUCCUGUUUUGAAAACUAAAACAUGUACUGGUCAAAGUGUGCCAAUACAUAUUGUUUUAAAAAAGUUUCUUGAAGUUCCCAAUAAUUUUAGUACUAUUGUUUCUCAUAUGAAAUCCUUAAAAAAUGGUAAUGGUGAUUUUAAAACCAACUUCAUACAGUGUAAACUUUGGGAGAAACGGCGUGCUAACUUUUCCACCUCUGAUAUAGUACUGCCUCUUCAUACUUAUUAUGAUGAUUUUCAAUGCAACAAUUCACUCGGUUCCCAUGUUCUCAAUUUGGGUGGUGUUUAUGUUCAAAUCCCCUGCCUCCCAGAGGAGUGUCAGAGUGCUGUUGAGAACAUUUUUCUUGCUCUUCUGUUUGAAUCAGAUUAUCGGUCCAAACUUUCUGAUGAAAAAGUCUUUGCUCCACUAAUUUCUCAAUUGAUUCAUCUAGAAAAAAACGGUAUUCUUAUUGAUCUUCCAGAAGGCGAGGUGAGAGUUUAUUUUGUAACAGGUUUACUUCUGGGUGACAAUAAGGGUCUUAACUCCAUAUGUGGUUUCACUGAUUGUUUUUCGGCACUCUUUUGCUGCCGCUUUUGUAAGUGUCACAAAAAUGAUCUGCAUUUUCAAACUUCUGAGAACAGUGCCCUCCUAAGAACUGAAGAUUCUUACAACAUUGAUGUAGAAAUUAAUGAUGUUUCUGCCACUGGGGUUCUAAAGAAUUCUGUUUUUAACAAGCUACCAUCUUUUCAUGUAUGCUCUAAUUUCAGUGUUGAUAUUUUUCAUGAUUUGAACGAAGGUUGUUGUUCUUACGUAAUGAUUCAUGUUUUGAAACAUUGCAUUCCUGAAUAUUUCAGUCUUGAACUCUUGAAUGAUAGAAUUAAGCUACUUGCAUAUGGGCCUUGUGAUUCAAAUCGCAUGCCUCAAGUCUCUCUUGGUAAAGCUAAGUUGCGAAUGUCCGGAUCUGAAAUGAUGAUGUUUGUUCAAAUGUUUGGGCUGUUGGUCGGUGACAAAGUUCCAAACUAUGACAGACAUUGGGGCUUAUAUUUAAAGCUUCGUAAAAUUGUAUCUCUUUGUUUAUCUAAAUCAGUACCUGUGCACCAAUCUGUAUACUUAAAGGUCCUCAUUGAAAAAUUCAAUACUUUAUAUGUGGAAGUGACAAAUGAUAAUUUAAAACCAAAAUUUCAUAAUUUGGUUCACUACCCAACUAUUUUAAAGGAAAGUGGGCCAGUUUCUCAUCUCACUACUAGUCAUUUUGAACGCAAGCAUCGCACACUUUUGAUGCCUGCUCACGCUACUGAGUCACGCAGGAAUAUAGCUCUAACUGUGUCUAUACAGCAUCAGCUACAGCAGUGUUACCGGUUUCGAUCAAAAAUGCCUUUGUUGCCUAAAAUCAAGUAUGGCCAUCUGUGUGAGGAAUUUCUGUCUGAUCUUAAAAAUACUAGUUUUGUGGAAUCUUUACCUACUAGUAUGCAGAGUCUUAAGUCUUUUGUUACCACCAGCUGGGUUAAUAUUAAAGGCACUAAGUAUGCCCCUGGAAUGGUGCUCCUGUUGAAAGCAGAGCCUGUAUCAUUUGGCCUGUGUGAAGCUAUACUUGUUCAUGAUGAUGACAUCAUUUUUAUAUUUUCUCGUUUGAUCACUAUUGGUUUUGAUGACCAUAUUGAUGCAUAUGAAAUUAAUUUCUCCAAUGAAUGGUCUAGUAUUAAGGUGAAUGAAUUGUAUGAUUACUUACCAUUAAGUAUCCACACAUCAUCUAGUCUUGAUAAAAGUUAUGUUUUACCUAGAUAUCAAUUGUAAUUUAUUGUGUAUCGUGUGCUGUUUUUUGAUAUGUUUUUCUAUAAUAUAUUUGAAUUAUAAGUCUUGUUUUCUAUUUAACUGUUUUAUUCAAAACUACCCAUUAAUACUACUAAAGUCCAAUACUAGAAUUUUCUGAAGCAGAUUCCUAAGCUCAGCAGUGCCUAUGCACUGAGCCAGUAAUGCGUUUGUCUGGAACUACCAUUGAGAUGUAGGUCCCUCAAUGAAACACGACUCUUUGCGUGUUGCGAUGGCAUUCCCUCUAUCGGCGGAAGUAUAUAGUUCAACUCAUAUGAUGGUUUUGUCUGAAGCAGAGAAAACGCCGAUGAACUGAGGUAGACUAUCUGCUCUGUUUACGAGAAUUAAGGCAGAUUCGCUAGAACAGCGAAGACAGGCAUGG